UAAUUUCUGGUAUAUUCCGUUUUUCCCCCUUUUGGUACCGACUGAACUCAGAAACACAGAAGAAAUUUCCAUUUUGGCGAGAUCAUAACAAGAAGAACAAGAGGUUUUGAAGCAGGGGAAGAAGGGCUAUGGGUUUGUUAGCAUGCCUGGGAGUUAUUUCUCCAUUUCCAUUUUACUACUGGCUAUGGACACAGCCUCAGACUUGGGUGAAUCUGUGUGGAAAAGGGCGUGACCCUUGUAAAAUCAUGGCCUGGGUUGCUCAUUUUCUCAAGCUGGUUCAGUUCAUAUCAAUACUCUCAGUUUCAACAAUUUCGUGGCCACCUCCUUUUUACUUCUGGCCCCUCUUUGUUUUCGGCCAGUUCCUGAACUUCAGGGUAUAUCAAUUGCUGGGAGAAUCAGGAACAUAUUAUGGAGUACGAUUCGGGAAGACCAUACCCUGGGUGACACAGUUUCCAUUUGGAGUCAUAAAGGAUCCUCAGUAUGUUGGCAGCAUUUUGAGUCUUCUUGCUUGUCUAUCCUGGACACCUUUCAUUUACAUUCUUCUUUGGAUUCUGGGCUAUGUCUUCAUGAUUUAUUUGGAAUCUGAGGAGGAUCUGAGGACCCGUGCAAAGCCUCUUUCCUGAAUCCAAUAGAGAAAUAUCUAAACUGCUGGCUGAGGAUAGGAAACAAUGUAGUGAAGAAAAUGCUGAUCUUGUAGUGCAGAAAAUGACUAUGCUGCUAACUAUGAGUUUCAACAAUUUUUGAUAGGCAAGACAAAGUAUAGACAAUAAGGUUUUCAGUUCAAAUGCCAUACUCUCUUUGCAAUGGCUUGGGUUUCAAUGUUCGGAUAGGUUAGUUUACGACCAUUUUGGGUUUGUGUAAUGUAUUUUCAAUCUACUUUCCUCAAUCUUUUGGUGCCCAAAAUGGUCUCAAUAAAAUCCAGUUUCCUAGUUUUGUUAUCGUGCUUCUGUAAUGAUCUUACUCGCCUUUUUAUUGUGCAAUACAUCUACAAG